AUGGCGAUCUGCGCUGCUGCAGCUGACCACUCCCGCGCAUCCCCAAGCUCCGCGGCAACGCAACCAACAACCAUCUGCUGGAGACCCAGCAAGGUCAAGGAGGAAGUAGAAGAAGACGGAAUGGUUGUCGAUCCCCCGGACGACGCCAGCGAGGCGUCCGAUAAUCUGCGCGCGACAGGUUUCCAGGACACGCCGACGGUGGGCGAGCUCGUCCUGCGCCACCUCCGCCCGCGUCUCCGCGGCUUCCACUGCGCCGACGGCGACGUCCCCGUCAUCGGCGUCAGGGACGACCCCGCCGCCGCGGCGCCGCUGGACCUCGUCGCGCGGCACGGGGGCGCCGCCGACAGGCGCCGCGGCGAGGCGUUCUACUUCGUGCGGCGGAGGCGCUGCCGCCGGCCGAACGUGCGGCGGACCGUCGCCGAGGGAGGCGGAGGCGGUGGCGGUGCGGGCGGGCUGUGGAAGAAGAGCUGGACCGGGUCCGGCAAGUCGGUGACCGACCUCGGCGUCGUCGUGCCGUGGAGCAAGACGUGCUACUGCUUCUACCGGCGCGACGAGGGCGGCCGGCUGAGCACCUUCGGGGGAGGGUGGGUCUUGGCGGAGUACGAGAUCACGGAACCCGGUACGUACCGGCGCGCCGACGAGGAGGAAGACGACGACGACUACUGGGUACUUUGCCACGUCAGGAAGACGGCAAGCAAGAAGAGGAAGCGGAAUCGCUGCGAUGAGGCCGUGGCUGCACGGGCUGUAGCCGGUACGGAGUCUAAGUCGUAUCUCCUAUGUGGGCUGACAGCGAAUUGAUUUGGGAAGCAUUACCAGUCCGAGGCAAGAGUCUCAAAGACCCUGCGGGCACCGAGAUUGUGACAUACUCCGUCCUCUAGCGUUCCAAAAAUAUUUGUUGAAUAAAGUCUUCAUUUCUGGGGUUAUAACCCAUCAA